UUUGGACGCGUUUUGCGCGUAGACACGGACGACACGUUUUAACGUGUUCGGACGUGUUCCGCCCUAACGAAAAAUUUUUUUAAAGUACAGCGACUGAUACUGUCUGUUUGUAAUUGCCUUUUAGACUUCGCCACUCAACUAUUUCGCUAGUUGGCCGUAUUGUCUUGUACUAGAGGCAGGAGCCAUUAAACCUAAGAAGAAGAAGAAGAAGAAGCUUCCAUCUUUUAUUACGGUGCGAGUAGCGGUACGUUACGGACGCUACGCUUCAGAAGCCGAAAAUCCACGGAGAAGAAGACUGUAUCAGAGCGACCAAGAGUAACCAGCCAGCCGCUGCAGAGGACAGGAUAAGCAAAGUGGAGGACUGCGAGUGCCAAAAGUCCUGUAGGGUGAAUGGUACCGUCCACGAGGACGGCGCAACCUGGGUAAAGGAUUGUCAACAUUGUUCCUGCGUCCAUGACGAGAUGCAAGAUUGAGUGCAGGUCGACGCUCUGCGCUCCGGUUACCUGCAAGAAUCCCGUCAUUCUUGAGAGACAAUGUUGCCUGACCUGUCUCAAACAAUGUUUGUUGCACGGCGUAAUUUACGAUCACGGCGAAAGGGUCUCACCGAAGCAAUGCGUCGAGUGCAAGUGCUACGACGGUAUCUUCAUCUGCACGAGAUUCGACACUGACACCAAAUGCCCACCACUACCGUGUCCACCCAGCGAGCAACUCAGCGUUGCGGAAGAAUGCUGCAAGUUUUGUCCAGUUGUCACGUUCUGUCAAAAGUAA